AUGUAUCGGUAUAUCAAAGGUUUAAUCUCUUUCUCUUCUUCAACAAAACGAGUAACUUUAAAAUACAUCUAUCAUUUAAAUCAAGGAAAGCAAUGUUUUUCAACUAAAACUCGAUCAAAUCCAUCAAAUACUUUGCAAAAAAACUUCAACACCAAUUUAAUUAAUUACAAUUGUAAAUGUUUGGAAUGUAGUAUCCCAUCAUUCAAAGAGAAUAGUUCAUAUGUUUACAAUAAGGACAAACAAAAUUUGAUUCUUCAAGUAUGUAAGAAAAUUUUAUGUGGUAUUCAAAUGGAACAUAAUCGAGCUGAAUUACUUUAUGAUCGAAAACCAAUGCCACACAAUCAAAUUUCUAAUUAUCAAGAUGUAAAAAAUCAUAUUAAUCAAGAAUUCAAAGAUCUAAUUAAUUCUAAUAAAAUCUUUUACGAAAAAUAUGAUGGAACUGCAAAGAGACCAAAUAAAUUAAUAUUUCAUUGGACUCAUUAUAUAGAAGAAUUACUUGGAAAAUUAUUUCAAAUUUCAUCAAAAUGGUAUCUACCAUUCACUGAAUAUUUACGUUACCGACACAAGGAACAAAUAUACAAAUGGUCAAUACAUAAUGAUGUUAGUGUUCAAGAACAUCGUUUAAAAUCUCUACUUCUCAAAAAUUUAUCAACAUAUCUUCCAGGAUUUAAAUAUCUUUAUAGUUUUGAGUGGAAUUAUGUUCUUAACAAACGACUUUAUGGUCAAGGUGAUUUUAUAUUUGCUUCGGAUUUUGGUGUAUUUUGUGUGGUUGAAGUUAAACAUUUGAAAACAAUUACCGGAUCUAAUGCACGAAGAGCCAGGAAUAUGGCCAGAAAAGUUGUUGGUUUACAGGCAUUAAAAUAUAAAAUGUUUGCUUUAAAAAAAUAUGAAAACCAACAAUUAACUGUUAUUAGUGCUAUUUUUAUUAAUGGUUUAAGCUAUCAUAAAAAUAAGAAUGAUGUUCAUCUUAUAUUUGUUAAUGACAUUGAUAAAAAAAUCGCGCAAGUUAUUGAAAGAAAAUAUAAAAAAGAAUUGAAAAAAUUAGAAACAGUGACCGUUCAAAUUUGUAAAUGA